AUGUCGACAGUCACGCUGAAAGACAGCGGCAUCCAAAUCAAGCUACCCAAUGGCCUCUCAGAAGACCAACUCCUAGGUUUCCGACCCUUCAACGAUUGGAUCAAGGGUCUCAGCAACUCCCUAAGCCUGCAAGCCAAGAGCAAGAGUCACCCAUUUCACCAGGAUCCCUACCGCCUACGCGGCAUCACAGUCCAGGCCUUCGACAUCUUCGGCGCCCGCCGCGUCAGUUUCCUUAAAGUCGUAGCCGACGUCAAGAAUGAGGCGGGAGAAGGACUGCCCGCCAUCGUCUUCCUUCGCGGACCCAGCGUCGGCAUGCUGGUGAUGCUCAUCCCCGACGACGCGCCGCCCGAUAGCGACGAGCGCUACGCCGUACUGACGGUGCAGCCCCGCGUGCCGGUCGGCAGCCUGUCAUUCGUGGAACUGCCCGCCGGCAUGGUCGACGACAGCGGUAGUUUCGUAGGCGCGGCGGCAAAGGAGAUCAAGGAGGAGCUUGGCCUGGAGAUUCACGAAUCGAAGCUGACGUGCUUGAGCGAGCUGGCUGGCGCGGGCAGAUCAAAAGGAAACGAAGCCGAAGAGGGCUUGGCAGAGGCAAUGUACCCCUCUGCUGGCGGAUGCGACGAGUUUGUGACGCUUUAUAGCCACGAGAAGAGGAUCCCACGCGAGCAAUUGAAGGAAUGGAGCGGCAAGCUGACUGGAUUAAGGGAUCACGGGGAGAAGAUCACGUUGAAGCUCGUGCCGAUGAAGAAUCUGUGGCGGGAGGGCGCGCGGGAUGCAAAGUGCCUCGCCGCGGUGGCUCUUUGGGAGGGUCUCCGGCGCGAGGGCAAGUUAUAA